AUGAAGGAGAGAGUUUAAGACAUAUAGAACAUUUACAAUAAUACAAUGGCAAUAAAAUAAAUUAGUAUUCAUGAAUCUAAAGUAGAGUACAGAGAGAAGCUUCGUUAAAUUUAAGAGACCGAUAUAAUGAGUUCGCUUUAUUAAUUUCGUAAAUUGACACAAUCAGAUUUAGCUUAAUUUCAAGAAGGAGCAAAAUAAAUAUUUAAAAUAAUUGCACCAGGAUUUGAUGUACACGAAUACAUUACUUAAGACAAGAUUUACAGAAAUUACUCUCACUUCUACCAGUAAAGUGUUCAUCGAGUUGUACUUACAUUUUGGUUUCGUUUCAAAAAGUGACGCUUUGU